UCAGAAAUCACAAAGAUUUAAAAAACAAAAAAGAAUCUCAACAAAAUCUUAGUGUUGACAAGGAUAGUACCAUGCCUUCUACAGCUAAAAAAGCUAAGACUUUGGGAUUAAAGAAGGAAUCUCAAAAAAAUGAUAAAGAUUUGAAGAUAUUAGAAAAAGAGAUUCGUGUCCUUGUCCAGGAGUGUGGUGCUCAGGACAAGAGAAUUCAGGAUAUAGGAACUGAGUUAGAGAGAAUGGAAGCAAAGCUAAAUUCUGUAGUCAGGGAAAAGACAUCUCUCUCUGCAAACAAUGCUUCACUGGAAAAACAGCUUAUUGAAUUAACUAGAACUAAUCAACUACUAAAAUCUAAGUUUUCUGAAGAUGACAACCAGAAAAAUAUAAGAAUUCUAAGCCUAGAGCUGAUGAAACUUAGAAACAAAAGAGAAACAAAAAUGAGGAGCAUGACGGCUAAACAAGAAGGCAUGGAAAUGAAGCUGCUGGUUACUCAGAAUCUAGAAGAGUCUCAGGGGAAAAUAGCACAUCUUGAGGGGAAACUUGUUUCAAUAGAGAAAGAAAAGAUUGAUGAAAGAUCUGAAACAGAAAAACUCUUAGAAUACAUCGAAGAAAUUAGUUGUGCUUCAGAUCAAGUGGAAAAAUAUAAGUUAGAUAUUGCCCAGUUAGAAGAAAAUGUGAAAGAGAAGAGUCAUGAAAUUUUAAUCCUUAAGCAGUCUCUUGAGGAAAAUAUUAUAUUGUCUAAACAAAUGGAAGACCUAAAUGCUAAAUGUCAGCUGCUUGAAAAAGAAAAAGAAGACCUUCUCAACAUGAAAACAGAAAGGGAUGAAUGUUUAAAUGCAGAGAUGCAAAACUUAAAAGAGAAACUUAUUCUGGAAAAACAAGAACAUGAAAGGCUACAACAAAAAGAGUUGCAAAUUGAGUCACUUCUCCAACAAGAGAAGGAAUUAUCUUCUAGUCUUCAGCAGAAGGUGUUUUGUUAUCAACAAGAAAUGAUUAAAGAGAAGACUCUUUUUAAGGAAGAAUUAAAGCUAGCACUCGAAGAACUAGAUCUAGUACAGCAAAAGGAGGAACAAACUGAAAGACUGGUCAAACAGUUAGAAGAGGAAACAAAAACUACAGCUGAAGAACUAAAAUUCCUAGAAGAACAGCUGAAAGAGAAAGAAGCUGAAAUGGAGAAAAAUGAUGCUGCUCAUAUGCAGGCCACCCUAAUUUUGCAAGAAAGGUAUAAUAGUACAGUGCAAAACCUUGAAGAUGUUACUGCUCAAUUUGAAAGCUAUAAAGCAUUAAUAAUUAGUGAGCUAGAAGAUCUUAGACUGGAGAACUCAUCACUACAGGAAAAAGUGGCCAAGGCUGAAAAAAGAGCAAAGGAUGUUCAACAUCAGAAACUGACAACUGAGAACACAAAUCAAGAAUAUGCAAGGAUGCUUGUAGAUCUGCAGAACAGAUCAGCAUUGAAAGAAGUAGAAAUCAAAGAAAUGACAGUUUCUUCUCUUAAAAAGAUAACUGAUUUGCAGAACCAACUUAAACAACAAGAUGAAGACUUUAAGAAACAACUGGAAGAGGAAGAAGUAAGAAAAGCUGGGAAAGAAAAUACAAUGGCAGAAUUAACUGAGGAAGUUAAUAAGUGGCGUCUCCUUUAUGAAGAUCUAUAUAAGAAAACAAAACCUUUUCAGCUUCAACUGGAUGCAUUUGAAGCAGAGAAACGGGCUUUGUUGAGUGAACAUGGUGCAACUCAGGAGCAGCUAAAUAAAAUAAGAGAUUCAUAUGUGGAAUUAUUGGGUCAUCAGAAUCUGAAGCAAAAAAUGAAGCUUGUGAAAUUGAAAGAUGAAAAUAGCCAACUCAAAUCGGAGGUGUCAAAAUUCCGAUCUCAACUUACUAAAAAGAAACAAAAUGAGAGAAAACUUCAGGAGGAAUUGAAUAAAGUUCUGGGUAUCAAACACUUUGAUCCUUCAAAAACCUUUCAUCAUGAAAGUAAAGAAAAUUUUGCCCUGAAAACUCCAUUAAAGGAAGGCAAUUCAAACUGCUACUGAACUCCUACGCAGUGUCAAGAAUCAUGCAAGUAAAUAUAUGAAAAACCUGUUGAAGAUUAUUUUAUACAUACUACUAUUAUUGUUGAUGUUGUUAUUAUGUUUAUAAUGGGUAUUUUAUGUUAUAUUUAAUGUGAAUUUUAACUUCCUAUCCUCAGAUAUGUAAAGGAAGUUCAACUUUUUUCAGUUAAGAGGGAGUUCAACAUUUUUUUUU